AUGGCUCGCGGAAAGAACGGUCAGAAGCGCACUCGCCCUCCCAAGCCGGCUCCCACACAAACUCCAGCACCUCCUCCUCCUCCUGCGGCCGCCCCACCUCCUCGAGCGCCCUCCCGUUCACCCUCUCCGCCUCCCCGCGACGAGCGCGAAGCCAUCUCCGACAUCGCAGAGCGUCUCGCCUACGUCGAGAACAACACGCUCGACAUCACCGCUCUCGUCGCCCUCCUCUUCAGGCUCUGCGACCACUACGCAGAGCGAGUGAACACCUACCCGAGCGAAUGGGAGGACUACCUCACGAGCGAAUUGCGCCAGAGUUUCUGCGUCGGCCGCCAUGGCGUCUUCGAGGACCUCGAGCGCGAGGGAUGGCGAGGCGGCAAGCCAGACCGCCCCGACUCGUGGUUCCCGCCGCAAGUGCUUCGGCAGAAGGAAGAGCGGUGGGAGGAGGUUGCGAAGCGACAGUUUGAGGAGAAGGGCGACUUGGUCAGGCAGGAGGCUGGCGAGACGUUUGUCGAGUGCAUGGAGCGCGCGGCGCAGAUUGUGCGCGAGAGGGAGAAGGAGGGACCGGAUGCGCAGAAGAAGCCGAACACGGUCUUCGUCGAGCCGGGUUUCCUGACGAGCGAGGACUGGACGUGGCAAUUCAAGCAGCGGAGAUUCGCGCGCGGUAUCGACUUUGCGCCUUUCAAGCCGGAAAUGAUCGUCCUGCAUUCGCGCAAAGACGGCAUGGUCGGCUGGGCGCCCGCCAAGUUCGUCUUCACAACGUCUGACUACGAGGAUCAGGGUCUGAAGGACCACCCAAUCCUCCGAUCUAUGAACUACAUCAUGCUGUGGAUCCGCAACGCCGGUACGGAUGACGACCAGAUGGUGACUGGAUCGCACGACUGGACUAAGGAGGUCGAGCAAUCGGUUUUUGAGCAGCUGUUCGACAGGCUGCCUCAAUGGCUGGAGCUGCCGAGCCAGGCGGAAUGCGAUUGGCGUGACCGAGCUCUGCGCGAUGACCCCGACCGCGGCAAAUGUCCUCGUCGCCCUUCAGACCGCGUCAAGGACGUCAGGCGCAAGCAAUACGGAAUCGAGCUCAUUGACGAGAUGCUCUUCCACAAGAUGCAUGAACAGUGGAGCGCGAUGGGAUUGGGCGGGUCCGCGCCGAGGCUUCGCUUCAGGUGA